CCACCGAAUAUGCCGCGGGAGAUUAUCACGCUACAAGCCGGCCAGUGUGGCAACAGCGUCGGUCAACAAUUCUGGCAGCAGCUCUGUCAAGAGCACGGCAUCAACGCCGACGGCAAUCUCGAGGACUUUGCGACCGAAGGCGGUGACCGCAAAGACGUCUUCUUCUACCAAUCCGAUGAUACCCGCUACAUUCCCCGCGCCAUUCUGCUCGAUCUCGAGCCCAGAGUCCUGAACUCCAUUCAAUCCAGCGCCUACAAGAACAUAUACAACCCCGAAAACUUCUACAUCCACAAAGAUGGCACUGGCGCAGGGAACAACUGGGGCAUGGGAUACAGCAUGGGCGAGCAGGUGCAGGAGGAGAUUAUUGAUAUGAUUGAUCGAGAGGCCGACGGCUCCGAUUCACUCGAAGGUUUCAUGCUUCUGCACUCCAUCGCGGGCGGAACUGGGUCCGGUCUCGGUUCAUAUAUGCUCGAGAGGUUGAAUGACAGGUUCCCGAAAAAGUUGAUCCAGACAUACAGUGUCUUUCCAAACACGCAGGAUGGUGACAUUGUUGUCCAGCCCUACAACAGUCUGCUGAGUUUACGCCGCUUGACCCAAAAUGCUGACUCGGUGGUUGUUCUUGAUAACGGUGCACUCUCUCGAAUCGCCGCCGACCGUUUGCAUGUACAGAACCCAUCCUUUCAGCAAACGAAUCAGCUCGUCUCCACGGUCAUGUCCGCUAGCACUACAACUCUCCGCUACCCCGGUUACAUGCACAAUGAUCUUGUUGGGAUAGUAGCUUCCCUCAUUCCCACACCCCGGUGUCACUUCCUGUCUACCUCCUACACUCCUUUCUCUGGUGAGAACGUCGAGCAAGCCAAGACUGUGCGGAAAACGACUGUGUUGGAUGUUAUGAGAAGAUUGCUACAGCCUAAGAACCGGAUGGUCUCAACUAAUCCUACGAAAAAGAGUUGCUACAUGUCAAUUCUCAACAUCAUACAAGGUGAAGCCGAUCCAACAGACGUCCACAAAUCGCUGCUUCGUAUACGCGAACGUCGACUCGCUACUUUCAUCCCAUGGGGUCCUGCAUCGAUUCAAGUUGCUUUGACCCGGAAAUCACCCUACGUUACAUCCUCACAUAGGGUUUCUGGCCUUAUGCUGGCUAAUCACACCGGUAUUGCUACUUUGUUCAAACGGAUUGUCGCGCAAUAUUCUACACUUCGCAAGCGAAACGCCUUCCUGGAAAGCUACAAGCGAGAAACGCCUUUCCGGGACGGUCUGGGUGAAUUUGACGAGGCAAAAGAGGUGGUGCAGAGUCUAAUUGACGAAUAUGAAGAGGCUGAGGAUCCGGACUAUCUGAGCAAAGAUGGCCCUCCCGCUGAGGAGGCUGACGACAAACGCGCUGCAUGAUAACAGCUCCUACUACCUGAAAAGAUCAUUAAAUCCACACAAAAAUGACGGCCUCAGUAGGAAGUUCUUUUGAAGCGACUCCAUUCGUCGUGUUUUUCCAAUGACAGUAUCCUUGAAUGAUCGCAACGACCAUCUUAAACU